UCUGAUACAGCGUAACCCCCAUCUGCUGGAUUAAUAUAAGCAAGAGCUACUUUAUUUUUCCUGUGCAUUGUUCCUUUAAAGGAGAAGACAGGGUGUGCCAUGAGUAACUAUGGAAACUUCAAGCUGGGAAUAAAGACAAAUCUGCUCCCUACCCGCUAAGAAAAGACAGCAGAGCUCACAGAGCCAGAGGGAUGAGGUAGAAGAAGAGGCAGAGCUGGGAGAGACCUGAUGGAAGGGCCAUUGCCAUAGCCACAUUAUAGGAGCCAACAUCAUUGUGCCUCUGCUGCUCCACUGGACGGGAAACUGGAUGUCAGUCCAGCAAUGAAGAACUGGCAUAGAGAGGUCUAGCCUAACACUAACCAUGAGAGGUCUUCUUGCUCCACAAAAUACCUUCUUAGAUACCAUAGCGACAAGGUUUGAUGGAACUCACAGUAACUUUGUCCUUGGGAACGCUCAGCUUCCUCCAUCCUUUCCUGUGGUGUACUGUUCAGAUGGAUUCUGUGAGCUCACAGGGUUCACCCGAGCAGAAGUCAUGCAGAGAUCGUGUGCCUGUACCUUUCUCUAUGGAGCCGACACCACUGAGCAGAUUCAGCACUGCAUCCAGCAAGCUCUCAGCGAGAAACAGGAGCUCAAAGCAGAGCUGGUUCUGAACAAGAAAAAUGAUUGUUCCUUUUGGUGCCUACUGGAUGUUGUGCCAAUCAAGAAUGAAAAAGGGGAAGUGGUUCUCUUUCUCAUCUCCUUUAAAGACAUCACAGACACCAAAGUUCAAACAGGUGCAAAAAGCUGCAAGGAAACAGAAAUCAGGAAUCAGGAAUAUCCAGCAGGCAACGGAUAUAAAGCAGAUCGCAGGUGGAGCAGGACCAUUCUGUACCACCUCUCUGGUCAACUGCAAAGACAGAACAGGACCAAAGGCAAAUUUGGCAAGGGAGUUUUUGGUGAGAAGCUUCAAGUUCCAGAAUACAAGGUGGUUUCGGUUCGAAAGUCUCCCCUCAUUUUUCUGCACUAUGGAACCUUUAAGGCAUGCUGGGACUGCUUAAUUUUUCUAGCCACGCUGUAUGUAGCCGUAACUGUGCCAUAUAAUGUCUGCUUCAGCAACAGCAAAGAGGAAGGUGCAACCAUUCCACGUUGCCCACCCACUGCAUGUGACCUUAUUGUGGAAAUCCUCUUUAUUCUAGACAUAGUCCUGAAUUUCCGAACCACGUUUGUCAGUCAGUCGGGAAAGGUGGUGUUCUCACCUCGUCUCAUUGUAUACCACUAUUUCAGGACAUGGUUCCUGCUGGACCUGCUGGCGGCUUUGCCUGUGGAUUUGCUCUAUAGCUUUAAUGUCAAUGUGUACUUUGGGGCUCACCUACUGAAGACCGUGCGUUUGCUGCGCCUGCUCCGCCUCUUGCCGAGACUGGAUCAUUAUUCUCGGUAUAGCGCUGUGGUUCUCAGCCUUCUCAUGGUAGUCUUUGCUCUCCUAGCGCACUGGGUGGCCUGUAUCUGGUACUUCAUUGGUCAAAAGGAGGUUGAGAGCAAUCAGUCAGAAGUGCCGGAGAUUGGAUGGCUGCAGGAGCUGGCCAGGCGUUUGGAAACUCCUUACUUUGUUGGAAAAAGAAACAGCAGCCAAUACUUGACUCCCCAGAAUAAUAACAGUGAGGAGGCAGCAAACAGAACAGAGAUGGUGUUACUUGGAGGACCCUCACCUAGGAGUUCUUAUAUCACAUCCUUGUACUUUGCGCUGAGUAGCUUGACUAGUGUGGGAUUUGGCAAUGUGUCUGCCAACACUGACACAGAGAAGAUCUUCUCCAUAUGUAUCAUGUUGAUUGGGGCAUUGAUGCACGCCCUGGUGUUUGGAAAUGUAACUGCAAUAAUCCAGCGCCUUUACGCCAGACGCUUCCUCUAUCAUAGUCGCACCCGGGAUCUACGAGAUUACAUCCGUAUCCAUGGGAUCCCAAAACCUCUCAAACAGCGCAUGCUGGAGUAUGUGCAGACCACAUGGACCGUGAACAAUGGCAUUGAUACUAAUCAGCUUUUGCAGAGUCUUCCAGAUGAACUGCGAGCUGAUAUUGCCAUGCAUCUCAACAGGGAGCUCUUGCAGUCCCCACUGUUUUCCCUGGCUAGUCGUGGCUGUCUGCGGUCCUUGUCGCUAAACAUCAGGCGUUCCUUCUGUAUCCCAGGAGAGUACCUAAUCCGACAGGGUGAUGCUUUGGAGGCCUUAUACUGUGUGUGCUCAGGAUCUAUGGAAGUUCUCAAGGAUGGAGUGGUGCUGGCAAUUCUAGGAAAGGGAGAUUUAAUUGGCUGUGAGCUCUAUUCUGAGGAUGUAGUAAUUAAAUCAAAUGCUGAUGUCAAAGCAUUAACCUACUGUGACCUCCAGGGGAUCAGUCAAAGGGGCCUCCGUGACACAUUAUCCCUUUACCCUGAAUAUGCCCAGAAAUUUGCAUGUCAGAUCACAAACCAACUGAGCUACAACCUGGGAGGCAGCAAGUGUGCACAUGAGAGUGAAGUCUGCACUCAACAAUCAUUUGGAAUUCAGCACUCUCAUGACAAAGAACAAGAUUCACCAAGGUUCAGUGUGUCCCUCACGCCCCGUAAAUCCCCUCAUCUGUGCUCCUCUCCAUCACGGUUUUGUCAUUGUAGCCCUCAGCACUCUGCUAAAGAAAUGACACUUAGCCACACACCCAGCAGGACUUCUGCUAGAGAAAUGGGCAUCCAACAUGUACCCUAUGCCAGACCUACAGAGCUGAGCCCAAGGGUGGUAGAUGGGAUAGAAGAGGAAAAUUCCAUUUCAGUCCAGGAGAGGUUUAACUUUCCAGCUUGCAACAACCCUGCAGCUACUUCCGGAGAGCCGAGAGCUACUGACAGUAUGGACAGACUUAGCCAAGCGGUGUCAGAUCUGUCCUCCCAGGUGCAGGAGCUGAGGGAAGGGCUGCAGGCUCUACGUCAUGCAAUGCAUCUAUCUCUCAUGCCUUGUAGUGCCUCUCCCUGCUUCCAUGGAAGAGACUUGCUCAUGCAGUGUGAGGCCGGUGCACGCGCUACCGGAGAUAUUUCAACCACAUGCCCAUCACUCUUUCAUCCUCCAAGGUUAGAAAAGACUUCCCAUGUUUGCUAUAUAAGUCCUGUCCCAUCUUGCUCAGAGAGACCUUUAUCCUGGCUUUGGGCCCCACCUACCCCAUUGUGGCUCCAUUAUAGAGGAUUUGAACAGAAAGACCUGCUCCAUUCUGGGCCUCCAUCGACUUCAGUAGAAGAUCCAAAUGACAGAACUGUCAAGCAAGAAUAUAUGACCUCUGAUCCACAAGCUCUAGAAAUGCAUCCCAUCCCUUUUCAGAAAGGAGGUGACACAGAUUCAAGCUUCUGUACUAGAGACAAAGGAACAGGAGUAUGACACGAUGGCCUCACAGUAUAGUGCCUAUUCCGACUAUUUUAAUAUAAUUUCUCAGAAUGUUUUAAAGGGCAGGCAUUAGCAAGGAAUAGCUAAUAUAUGAGACAGGUCAAGAGCAGCCUCCAGUGGCCUCUGCUGUGACUCUCCACCAAGUCUGGGAACUAGGGCCAAGGAAAAACCUGGAGUCAGGGGUGCACAAUUAAAUCAGAGCUCCAGUACUGAUGGAACUUCAAUGCGCAUGUGUAUAAAUUGUUUAAACUGUGCUGUUGUCUUUGGCGCAGUUAUAGGAAGCUGCAUCCUCAGUGGCUUAUGUAGUUACAAUAAGCUAAAUAUAAUACAUGUUGAAUAAAUGAAUCCUGAGCAUGUGAACUAUA